AUGCUCAGCCGCGCAGUACUGCCUCUAGCGAGGCCCAACGUCUUUGCCUCCGCCUCUGCCGUCAGAGUUUCGGCGCUGGCCGCCCAACGGCCGCGAUGGUACGCGAAGGCCAAGGGCAAGAAGUAUGAUCCCAAACCUGGUUCUACUAUCAAGCAACGUGUACCUCCAGCACAAUCUCAAGGGUCCCAGGAAAGCCAGCAUGCGAAAGAACAGCCCGAGUUUGAGACUGCGGCUCAACCCGAAGCUGCGUCUUCUUCGCCUGAAGCCGAAAUUAAUGAAACCCCCUCAAAGCCGCUUCCUGAUUUGACCCAGGGUAUUCCUUCCACACUUGCCGCCGAGCUCGAAGGACGCCAUAGGAAGACCGGAGGUCUGAAUCUUACAGAAGACCCAACCCAAUCCGAAGAGUAUAGCGAGACAGAUGGCCGGGGUGGUGGUGACUACCCCAAGGGCGGGUACGAGACUUCUCUUGACCGUCGCAAGGCUCGCAUGGCCAACAUCAUGUACGCCGUGAUGUUAGCCACCGGUAUCGCAGGAGCGGGCUACUUGGGACGCAACUGGGAAUCGGAGGAAGAGGCGCGCCUGCACCCGCAAGCCCCAUCUGGCUGGGGUAUUGGCUUAUGGUAUGCCCGUGUCAAAGCACGUCUUGAUGGCCUCACUAGCUACUACAAGGACCCUACUUUCGAGAAGCUGCUUCCUGAUGAGGACCCUUCUCAGCGUCAACCCUACACGCUGGUACUCAGUUUGGAGGAUCUCCUCGUCUUCAGCAAAUGGGACCGUGAGCACGGAUGGCGUGUGGCCAAGCGUCCUGGUCUCGACUACUUCCUGCGCUACCUCAACCAGUACUACGAGCUUGUUCUUUUCACCAGCGUCCCUAGUAUGAUGGCUGAUCAGGUUCUCCGCAAGCUUGACCCUUACCGUAUCAUCCGUUGGCCCCUGUUCCGUGAGGCUACCCGCUACAAGGAUGGCGAGUAUAUCAAGGAUCUGUCAUACCUCAACCGUGACCUGUCCAAGGUUAUUCUCAUUGACACCAAGGAGGAGCAUGCCCGCCUACAACCCGAGAACGCCAUUAUCCUGAACAAGUGGGAAGGAAACCCCGGGGACAAGACGCUGGUCGGACUCAUCCCGUUCUUGGAGUACGUUGCCGGCAUGGGUGUUGAGGAUGUCCGCCCACUCCUGAAGUCAUUUGAUAGCUCCAAGGGCAACGAUAUUCCUGCCAAGUUUGCCGAGCGAGAAAAGGCCUUGCGCGAGCGCUUCAAUAAGAUGAUGGAAGAGGAGAAAAAGAAGAAGCCUGCCUUCACCAUGGGCAGCGUGAUCUCGGCCUUAGGCUUGAAGACUAGCGACUCUGGCGCUGGCUCAACCGAGGGCAAGAUGCCAUGGGAUCUUCUCCGCGAGCAAGGCCAGAAGAAUUACGAGCUCAUUGAGCAGCAGAUCCGUGAGAACGGAGAGACCUGGCUCAAGGAGAUGGCCGAAGAGGAGGAGAAGGCUCGCCAGGAGCAGAUGAAGAGCAUGAAGGGCUCUUUCACUGGCAUGUUCGGUGCUCGCAGCGAGAAGGAUAAACUUGGUUGCUAUCUACUGUGA